AUGAAAUUUAAAUUUGAGAUGUAAGUAUAUAUGUAUAAAUAAAUAGAACUGAUAAUGUAUAUAAAAUAAUUGGUUUGAUGUGUUGUAAUGUAAUUGAAAUUAUAUUAUUAGCUUAUUAUGCAUCAUUUGAUUUGGACUUCAGGUAAUUAUAGAUUUAUAGAUUAGUUUAAAUACUGAUUAUGAGAAUGAUUUUAAAGCAUUUAAAGGUCUAUCAGUAACUGGAAGUCUAUUUAUGAUGAUCACUUGGUUUAUAUAGAUUAUUUUGAUUUACAAAUUUAAUCAAAAAAUCUUAUAUUUGAUUUUAGCAAUAAACUCAUUUUCUAUCUUUAUAUUAUUAGUAGGAAUGGGAAUGGGAGCAUAAGGAGUAUAAUAAUAAAAUUUAUGAUUUUAGUUAAAUAAAAUAAAUUAUCCAAAAGACAGUUUCAAUUUUCCAGUGGCACUUUGGUUUAUUCAAUUGUGUCUAUAUAUUAUGAGUUUAGUGAAUUUGCAUAAUUAUAAAUAAAAUGAAGAUAAUAAAAAAAAGGAAGAGAAAAAUAAAAAGAAGGAUGAAACUGAUGAUUCAAAGAAGCAAUUAUAGAAUACAACAACUCAAGCAAAUUAAAGUUAAAUGGUAAUGGUAGGAAAUAAUGAAUCUCAAUUCACUUAAUAGCAACAAAUUGUAUGA